UCAAUGCGCAAUAUCUGGUAAACAGGUCUGUGAGCUGAAAUACAGCUUUUAAUUUGGUUAAACAAAAAUGAUAACUUUGACUGUUUGAAGUUGAAUCUUCAUUUUAUAUUUCAAGUUAAUUCAAUUUUUUUGUUGUUAAAAGUUGUCCUUCAAUCUGUUUGAGCGAAGCUUUUUUACUUUUGUUUAUUUAAUUGCUAUUUUUAUUCCACAAUACGUAAAGACUGGUUUUGUCAGUCAGUCUUCAUUAUGUUGACAUAUUUACCUAUUAACUUAAUUUACUGUUCCACAAUCAUCGCCUGGCUUGGAACACUUGGCUCAUCAUUGCAUUCCCCAUUGCCUUCACUAGUUAAUCAUACAACGACCACAUUUAAUUUAGAUGAGAAUAGAACCAAUCGUGAAAGUGUUGACAAUCGAAAACGAAUGAUUCGCUUUGAAUCUUAUGGUUCGCCUUCAGACGGUUAUUAUUUUAGAUCAAGACAUUAUCCAAGUCAUUCUCGAUUCCUUAGUAAUCCAAGUAUCUAUGAAUCAACCGAAUUCCCUACAACCAGGAGUCAAAAAUCAAAGCCAAUUGUUUUCCCCACUUCUUCGCCAAUCUGGUCAACCCCUUCAACAGUGACAAAUCCACCAGUAACGCAGCCUCAAGCUCGGCCAAAAGUGUUGUUACCGGAUUUAGAUGAAAAUGGUGUUCCUAAGUGUGUCAAAAAUCCAGACGAUACUUUCUGUGAAAAUGUUGAUAACUAUCCCAGGGUUGACCUUAGAUCAGAUUAUGGAUUGAAUUUGGAUGAGUUUAGAGACAUAUUUGGCGUUAAAGAGAUUGAUGCUCGUAAAUCUUACUUUGACGAUGACAGUGCAGAUGAAAGGAUAUGUGGAGGACCAAGAAAGAUUGUUUUCCCCAAAAUGGCUAAAACUCAAUCCAAAAGAUGGGUUUACAUUGUGAAUGAUGAUGACAACUUUAAACAGUCUGUGGUUACAGAGAUUUGCUCGAGAGCUGGAAAACCUUGUGCUUACCUUGAAGAUGACAAUCUUCCUGCUGGUUUAUCCUCACAGUGUCGUCAAAAGUAUGCUCGAGCUCGUCUUAUGGCUUUACAUCCAACGGAACAACGAACCUAUCCUGAAUAUUUCGAGUUUCCUUCGUGUUGUGCCUGUUACAUCAAAAAUCCUUACGGUGAUAGAAGUAAAUUUAGGCAAUAAAACUAUAGUUUUAGGUUAAAGAAAGUAUUUUAAAUUGUUUAUACCUUUUCAUUUUCUAAUAAUCAUAUGAUGUACAAUUAUAAAGACAUUUUUACUAUUUGUAAUAUAAAUGUAAUGAUAAUAGUAAAAAUAAUCAGUUUUGAUUAUUAA